AUGGAUCUCGACCUUGCAUUAAGGGUUGAUUCUUCCCCACCUAUUAUGAAUAAAACUACCUUUGAUGAGAAAGGGGACUUUGAAAGGUGGGAGAAAUCAAAUCGCAUGUGUAUGAUGAUCAUGAAGAGAGCCAUUCCAGAAGCAUUUAGGGGCACUAUGUUAGAUAAAAUAACUACAACUAAGGAUUGCCUUACCGAUAUUGAAAAGAGGUUUGUCGAGAAUGAAAAGUCUGAAAUUAGUACACUCUUGACAAGUCUAAUUUCAAUGAGGUAUAAGGGUAAGGGUAACAUUAGGGAGUACAUUUUAGAGCUGUCUCAUCUUGCUUCUAAGUUGAAAAUACUUAAGUUUGAACUCUCUAAGUACUUGUUAGUGCAUUUGGUAUUAUUAUCCCUUUUGGCACAGUUUAGCCAGUUUAAGGUGAGCUAUAAUGGUCAGAAAGAGACAUGGUCUCUGAAUGAGCUCAUCUCACAUUGUGUACAGGAAGAGGAAAGACUCAAGCAAGAUAAGGCUGAGUGUGCUCACCCAGCCUCGACCUUCAAGGAAAAAGGGAAGAAGAGGAAGAAGGAUAAGAUUGCGGUAGAUACAACACCUCAAAAGAAAUAG